AUGGCACCGGAAGCAACAACAAGGAGAAGAAGGAAUCGAGUUUCACCUUCCACACCAGAGAUAAUCGACCUCGCCUCUUACCGCUCAUACCGCAAGCGAACCAUCUCCGUCGUCAUCAACCUUUCGGAUGACGAAGAAGACAUUAAGGUCCUCGAUUUCGUUCCAAAGAACACUCUAAGAAAACGUAAACCUAAGAGAAUUUUCGAAAGAGGAGAGACUUCAAAUUCAAGUAACACGCCAUUUGUUUGCGAAAUUUGCACGGAAACUAAAACUAUGAAGGAAGCUUUCUACAUCAGCGGCUGCUCUCACGCGUAUUGUUCUGAUUGCGUUGCAAAUUACAUCAGUUCCAAUCUUGACGAUAACAUCGUCAACAUCUCAUGUCCAGUUCCUGAAUGCAAAGGUUCUUUGGUAGCGCAGUUUUGCCGGACUAUUCUUCCGGUAGAGGUUUUUGAAAAGUGGAGUAAAGCAUUGUGCGAGGCUUUGAUAGAUGUUUCGCAGAAAUUCUAUUGUCCCUUUGCAGACUGUUCUGCUCUUUUGAUCAAUGACGAAACGGAGGCGGUUAGAAAUUCAGAAUGCCCUAAUUGUAAUAGGAUGUUGUGUGCACAAUGUAAGGUUCCUUGGCACGAUGGGAUCGAAUGCAGCGAGUUCCAGAAGCUGAACGCGGGGGAGAGGGAGAAAGAAGAUAUUAUGCUGAUGCGCCUUGCACAGAAUAUGCACUGGAAGCGAUGCCCUAAUUGCAAAUUUUAUGUUGCCCGAACACUGGGCUGCGAUGCCAUGAAAUGCAGGUGUCUGUGUAUCUUUUGUUACAACUGUGGAGGUGCCUACAAUGCUGGCAGGUGCAAUUGUUUUACCGGGAACCCUUCUAUGAUGGGACUCCACAACAACAUACACAGGCUUUUUCUAGAAGAACUCUAG